AUGAGCAAUGGCACUCAAGCGUGGAGAGUGGAGCUUGAAACCAUGGAGAUUGUGCAGUGGGACCAAGGGCAGAGCCUGGCCUUCUUGUACCAGGAACAGCAAAAAGAAGCGCAGGCAGAAUGGGCUGCGUGGGAAGCCUGCUUUGCAGGGCAGGCUCAAGAGCUGGCCCAGUUGGCCUCUGAGGAAAGCCUGAGCCCCAAGGAAGAGUCUUCCAGGCUUGUGGGGCCUGCGGUGCUGGCUGCAAUUGACGGGAAGAGCAGCGUACCCGUCAGCAGAGGACAUGUGGAGUUGGGCAGUGAGAAGACUCGGGUUCCCCAUCCUCCGGCGGAGCCCAGAAGAAAGGAGACCAAGCGGAGGUGGAGAACAGCUGUGAACCCUCCACCAGUGGAUGAGGAGAGUGCAGCGGCCAUGCUGCAGCAAAUCCAGGCUGACCACCUUUCCCCUCGAGGAGUCCAGGUUCUGAAAGGCUUGGAGGCAUUCAGAACCCGCCAAGAAACAUUCAAGUAUGCUGCCGAGAGGAAGAGAGCGCAGCAAGAGGAGCAGAAGCAGCUGCCCUGCACUCGGCGAGGAUGCUGGUAUGGCUCCGGAGGGGAAGGCCCUACGAAGAGCGCUGUCCACAAGGCAGCGGGGCACCAUGGGCAAGGCCGAAGAAAGGUCCUGAGCUGCUGCUAUGGAGCUGUCUGGCCCUAA